AUGGCUGGUACAUAUGGGGCUCCUGUGCCGAGAAACCCACGCCGAAGACAAGGACGAGCAUCUCGACCCGGGAGUGACGAGCUAAGACAAGCAGAAGGUCAAUUUGCCUGCCACUUCUACAAAUUCAAUCCUGUCAUGUACGAUAAAUGCAAAAAAUGCAGUUUCACCAGACACUCCGACGUCAGGCAGCACAUCGUCCGAUGCCACUCUCUGGUCUCCCCCUACUGUGUUAGGUGCUGGAAGGAGUUCUCGAACCAGCGGGAAUAUUCUGAGCAUAUCACCCAGGACCAUUGCCAGAUCCGACCGAGGCCCGAGGAGCUCAUCCGGGAGGAACUUGACAGGUUGGGAGCGUGCCGUAGGGAGGACGAUAAUAAGGAGAAGUGGUUUGGCAUUUGGGAUCUAUUGUUCCAUGGACAUCCCCGGCCUGACUCCCCUUACCUCCCAUCUUGCAUCUUUGAGGAGGGUCUGACCCUCAUUCAACCCUUUGUCCAGGAUCUUCUCCAUCAGCAUGGUGCGGCAGGCCCAGUACCAGGAAACAUCCUUCACAUGGCCUAUCAGACCUACUGUCAUCGCCUUCCCAUGUCUCGGCACCCGCUAUCUUUGAACAACGAGGGCUUCGCUUACCAGGCGCUCCCUCAUCACCUUCUCCCCAAUAACAACGGACCUUACGCCGACACAAAUCGGCUCGAAGCCGAACCGGGAUUGAAUUAUUACCCUGCGCCAUUUUAA